UGGACUUGAGAUCUGUGAAACUGUUGUCGGGCUCGGACUGCUUACUUUGUCCUCGUUUUUUCUUUUCUGUUACUUGUGAUCACUUCAAUAUUUCUUUUCCUUUUUCCCUUUGAAUCUAAAAUAGAUAACAAUAAUUAGAAGAGAAAUCCUAUCUCUUUCGCUGAACUCAACAUUCAAAAUCAAUGGGUUCUGAAGGUUCAAGCGUUGUUGUGCCGAGGAACUUCAGACUACUGGAGGAGCUUGAGAGAGGGGAAAAGGGGAUCGGAGAUGGAACUGUCAGUUAUGGAAUGGACGACGCUGAUGAUAUCUUCAUGCAGUCAUGGACAGGAACCAUAAUUGGCCCCCCCAAUACUGUUCACGAGGGGCGUAUCUACCAGUUAAAAUUGUUUUGUGGCAAGGAAUAUCCCGAUAAUCCACCAAGUGUCAGGUUCCAAACUCGGAUAAACAUGACCUGCGUCAAUCCUGAAAGUGGAGUGGUCGAGCCCAGUCUUUUCCCUAUGCUUGCUAAUUGGCAGAGGGAGCAUACAAUGGAGGAUAUAUUAACUCAGUUGAAGAAAGAAAUGAUGACUUCACAGAACAGGAAGCUCGCUCAGCCUCCUGAAGGAAACGAGGAGGCAAGGUUGGAUCAAAAGGGGCUAGUUCUUAAGUGUUGUAUUCUCUAAUUCAUUUAAAAGUUCAUGGCCAAGUACUGUAUAUAGAUGCAUGCCCUAUUCCUCCUGCAGGCUUAGUUCCAGCAAUGUAUAAUCUCGUGUACGAGAAAGAUGACUUUAGUUCCCUCAAACGGUGGCUAAAUAAAUGGAUCCUGAUGAAUUAUUCGCA